GCCGCUCAGGCCGCAGAGCCCGCCCGGCCAAGGCGGCAGUGCCCGGCUGCCCAGGGGCUCCAGCAGCGCCGCCCGCCCCGGGCCCAGGCCGGGCACGGAGGCCCCGGCGGCCCGUGAGCGGCCGCGUCAGGUGACGCGGGUCACGCCGCCGCCCCCGCCCCCUCCGCGCCCCGCCGGCAGCCUGCGCCGAGCGCUGCGCCGAGCGCCGUGCGGGGCAGUGCGGGGCAGGGCAGCGGCAGCCGGGCCCCCCGCGGCCAGGCGCGCCCGGAGCUAGAGGGGCCCUCGGAGCCCCGGCGGGAGCGCGGCCGGCAUGAGCCAGGUGCCGAGGAAGCUGCUGGAGGAGGAGGAAGGAGACGAGGAGGAGGAAGAGGAGGAAGAGAUCGUGGGCUUGGCGGGCUACGCCGACGGGGCCGAGUCCUUCUCGGACGGGGACGCGGAGAGCGGCGGCGAUGAGGCGUUUUUGGAUUUCAAUGAUCCCUUCGGUACUGAAGUUAAGCCAAGAAUCCUGCUCAUGGGAUUGAGAAGAAGUGGGAAGUCUUCCAUUCAGAAAGUUGUCUUUCACAAAAUGUCGCCGAAUGAGACACUCUUCUUGGAGAGCACAAACAAGAUCUGCAGAGAGGAUGUUUCCAACAGCUCCUUUGUCAACUUUCAGAUAUGGGAUUUUCCUGGGCAGAUUGACUUCUUUGACCCUACGUUUGACUAUGAGAUGAUUUUCAGAGGCACUGGAGCACUGAUAUUUGUUAUUGAUUCUCAGGAUGAUUAUAUGGAAGCAUUAGCUCGGUUGCAUCUUACUGUGACCAGAGCCUAUAAAGUAAAUCCAGAUAUCAACUUUGAAAUCUUUAUCCAUAAAGUGGAUGGUUUAUCUGAUGAUCACAAGAUUGAAACACAAAGAGAUAUUCACCAGAGGGCAAAUGAUGACCUUGCAGAUGCUGGACUGGAGAAGAUUCACCUCAGCUUUUAUCUGACAAGCAUAUAUGAUCAUUCUAUAUUUGAAGCAUUUAGCAAAGUGGUACAGAAACUGAUUCCACAGCUUCCAACACUGGAAAACCUGCUUAACAUCUUUAUUUCAAAUUCUGGGAUUGAAAAAGCAUUUUUAUUUGAUGUAGUCAGUAAGAUCUAUAUUGCAACGGACAGUACUCCAGUGGAUAUGCAAACUUAUGAGCUCUGCUGUGAUAUGAUAGAUGUUGUGAUUGACAUUUCUUGUAUAUAUGGGCUUAAAGAUGAUGGCUCUGGAACUCCUUACGACAAAGAAUCAAUGGCAAUCAUAAAACUGAACAACACAACUGUCCUUUAUUUAAAGGAGGUGACAAAAUUCCUUGCUCUUGUUUGUUUUGUCAGAGAAGAAAGCUUUGAGAGAAAAGGAUUAAUAGACUACAAUUUCCAUUGCUUUCGAAAAGCCAUACAAGAAGUAUUUGAAGUAAGAAUGAAAGUAGUAAGAUCUCGAAAACAUCAAAGCCACAUGCAAAAAAAUAAGAGACCCACUCCCAAUGGGACACCAAGAAUGCCACUCUAACUGAGGUUUUCAGGCACUGUGGCAAGCAAAGUUUUCAUGAAGUUGACGUGACUUCUGCAUCUCAUUGCACUGAGUGAAGAGGAAAACAAAUGGGACUGAUGUAUUAUAUGAAUUUUCCCUGAACGUUCAGAAAGCACUGUUUAAAUAUUUUUAUCCAAUCAGUUUUUUUUCAUAUAGUGAGCACUUUGAGCAAAAUGUUGUAUAUAUAAGCAUUGAGGUGAACACUUGUAAGAAUUUUCUUAAUAUAUGCUGUAAACCUUUUUCAUGCCAUAUUAAGAAAAAACAGCUGUGACAGAAAUACUGGGUACAUAAUUUGCACUUUUUAAUGUUUUCCUUGUGGAGUUGGACUUUGAUAAACUUAGUUUUUAUGGUGAUUUGGAUGCAUGGUGUCAGGUAAAAUGUAUGCUGUAGUUUCUUUACCUGCUACAAUCAAAUUGGUUAGUAAACAAUUAAGAAAACUUGGUACAAUGCCUUUUAAAAUUUGUGACAGCUAAUACCUAACAUUCAUACAGAUCUAAUUUCCUAUAUUUUUCAAUUUGUAAACAGAAAAAUAAUUUUGAAGUAUUACAGCAAUAAGCAGUUACCAGGGAUCGUAACUGGUAGGUAAAUAUUAGCUUUUAUAAAACAGGCUUUUGGCCAAAUUUCAUCCAGAAUUCUCCAUAACACUGGUCAUGCCCUCUGUUGGGUCUGUUUUUAUUAUUUACCUCAGCAUAUACCACUAAAAUACCUUUCUAUAAAGAUAAUUGUUUUGUAAAAUGGC